ACAGCCGGCUGGGAGGAGGGGAGCAACUCCUGGGCGGCGGCGCUUUGAGCUUGCCGAGUCCUCCGGAGCGGGGGCGGAGCCACCUCUGGGUAACCAGCCCCGUCAUCCCGGUCGGCCCGGCUGUGGUAUAGACCUCCAUGAACAGAUAUCAGGCAGCCCUGCUGGGCCUAGGCCUGCUGUUUAUGCUGCUACUUUAUGUGGGGCUGCCAGGCCCCCCUGAGCAGACUUCCUGGCUCUGCAGAGACCCCAAUGUCACAGUCCUGGCUGGCCUCACCCGGGGCAGCCCCCCCAUCUUUUACCGCGAGGUGCUCCCACUCCACCAGCCACACAGGGUGGAGGUCGUGCUGCUACAUGGAAAGGCCUUUAACUCCCAUACAUGGGAGCAGCUGGGCACGUUGCAGCUGCUGUCUCGAAGGGGCUACCGGGCUGUGGCCCUUGACCUUCCAGGUUUUGGGAACUCAGCUCCUUCAAAGGAGGCAAGCACAGAGGCAGGACGGGCAAAGCUGUUGCAGCAGGCACUGCAGGACCUGGAAGCGAAGAAUGUCGUUCUGGUGAGCCCCUCACUCAGCGGCCGCUAUGCCCUGCCCUUCCUGGUUCGAGGCCACCACCAGCUACGUGGAUUCGUGCCCAUCGCACCCACUUCCACCCAGAACUACACCCAGAAGCAAUUCUUGGCAGUGAAGACUCCAACCCUCAUUGUGUAUGGGGAACUGGACCACGUCCUGGCCCAAGAGUCACUGCAGCAGCUCCGCCACCUGCCCAACCACUCUGUGGUAAAGCUACACAACGCGGGCCAUGCCUGCUACCUCCACCAGCCACAGGACUUCCACCUCGUUCUUCUUGCCUUCCUUGACCAUUUGCCUUGACCACUUUUCCCAGGCAUGGCCUAAGUGUGGAGGAUCUGGACUACCGCUCUGCCCUUCCAGGGCGGCAGUCCCUGGGAUCGGAGGGCAGAGGGCAGAGGGCAGAGAGGCAGGUCCUGCCAGGACUUCUCAUUUUAU